AUGCUCUCUUCACCUCUUUGCAUGCUCACUGGUCUCGUUGCCAUCAGUGGGCUGGUAACUGAGAGCACAGCGCGUAUACAAUAUCGACGUGCCACGAACACUAUAGAUCAUGUCACUGAGACCUCCGUGACUGUUUCAAGCACGUCUGCAGCUUGUGCUUCCGCCACGUAUCAGUUGCAGGACGCUCCAAUUGAUAUUGACGACACUCAGACUCAAGAUUUUGAAUUGAAGGCCAACUGUGGACUUACUUGGAACAUCUCAAGCCUUGCGGACGUGACUUCCUGGUUCGUUGACUGCAAAAACCAAUCAAUUUUUGGUCAAAGCAGUAACGUAGCCCAAGUUGCUACUGUCAAUGGCAACCUGUUGACCAUUCAGCUGGAUGCUUCGAAGAUCACCAGCUUUUCCACCAAUGGACCUGGUACACUCACGAUCCGGCCACCAUCCCGCGCCUUGAGGACCACUGGAAAGACCACCUAUAUUCCGACUAGUGUGGUGGUUGGCAGCUACAAGAUCCCGAAAUUGAACAUCAUGAGCGAUAUCAGAGGCAGUGCUUACACCCACGCCAAGAGUACCCUGAAGGAGAUGUUUGGUAUCGAUGUCGAAUACUAUGCGGGCACAAGUGCGAAGUUUUUCUUGGAUCUGCCGGGUUUGGACGAUGCCAGGAUUAACUCUGAUAAUGCUACCAUCACCCUCACAGAUGGCGACGGCUACUAUACCUCGGAGUAUAACCUGACAUCCAACAAACUGGCAGAUUCUUGGCUCAAUGGCUGGACCGAGUACUCUCUCAACAAGGGAGAUCUGGUCAUCAACACUGGCGACUAUCUUAUCACAGAUUCCGACAGUGGUCGAGAAUGGAGCUGUCUGGGAGGUAACGGACAGGGCCAAUACCUAUUCAAUCUACAAGUGGCUGGUAUCACCUAUAACGGAUUGCCGGUGACCCCUGAGACUUUCCCCGUUCAAGUCUACAUCUAUGGUUACAACUACACAGCUGAUGCUCUUACCAAAUAUGGUGAGGGUACCAUCAUCGUACCUGUUAUGGAGCCAUUGAGCGACAAGAUCAGCAACCCUCCUCAACGCGGCAGUUCGGUAGAAUAUACCUGGGUUGGCCUUGGGAAUAAGCCCAACCUCGGUGAUGCCUUCGCUGAUGAUGUCUACAUUACAUGGCCUGUUGGUACCGACGCCUCGAACCUUGAAGCCUGUGACGUCCAGAUCGUACUCCACAGCGUUCAUGGAGCCACCUUCACCUUGAUGGCGGGUCGUGAUUUUGUGCUCAGCACGUCUAGUGGCGAGACCCAGAUCGCUGUCAUUUUGCAAAACUGGCCAUUUGAGCCCGUUUACCCUACCAUGAGCAUCACUGUGAAUGGAGACCGACUCAAGGGUACCAAGCCAUCGCUAGCAAGUCUCACUAAGAACUAUGAUAUUGCGAGCAUGUUCGUCUACCUUGCUCAACAGGGUGGUGGCGGCACCACUGUUGACGGAACGGUGACUGCAUACAGCUUUUAUGGCUUUGAAAACCUGGACAAUGUCAGUCAGAUUGCAGAGCCAGCCAACUACACUCUGGGUACUACCGUCAAGGGUGUAGAGAAGUACUAUGCGGAGGAUUCUAAUGGAACCGGUGUCCUUGUCAACUCAUCAUCCGCUGCAACUGUGUAUGAUGGCUCAGGCGUUGAUGACAUGAACAUCCAGCUGAUCGGGAACACCCUAUACAUCACCACCCGGGUCAACGCAACCGCCACUGAAACUAUUAAGGAUGAAGCUGUCACUUUCACCAAGUCUUACUCUGGAGGUGCCACCCUUUCGCCCGAUGUGGCCGACCCUUCUCUGACAGGCCAGCCUGGAUACGCCAUCAACCGGACAAACACAUGGAUCUUCCACGAGAAGUGGGCCUGGCAGCCCAGCAUCAAGGUUGGCUGGGGUGGAAUCUAUAUCGAGCCCUACACCGGCAAGUUUGAAUGGACUAUGACCAAGGGUUCCAGUCAACUGUUCACUGCCGAUGUCCCUUCGGUUAACUGGACUUUGUUCGGUAACAUCACAUCACCCGACACCAAGAUCACUAGUGCUGGAAACUUGACUAUCGCCAUUGAUGAAACGGCUGAGGCAAUCGCUGUCAUCGCUACCUCCACGACGGACAAGUCUUACGGAGGUAAGGGAACCGUCAACGUCGAGGUUACUGACUGA